CUCAUUUGUCUAGGAGACUAUUAGUGUACACAACAUAUUUUGCUGCCACCCCGGUAAUAUCAGCGGCUGCAUUACAUGGCAAAAUUACCAGCUCUCUGUCUCUGCCUUCUCAUUUUCUCCUCUGUCACAGUUGCAACUUCUGUAUUGGCUGAUGAAGAGUUAAACUCUGUGAAAACAUGGUGCAUUGCAAAACCAUCGACAGAUGAAACAGCUCUACAAAAUAACAUUGAAUACGCAUGUCCUCUUGUAGACUGCAGCAAAUUUCUGCAGCCGGGGUGCCCUUGUUUCGAGCCCGAUAAUCGCAUGAAUCAUGCUUCAGUCGCAAUGAAUGUUUUUUACCAGCGCAAUGGAAGAAACAAAUGGAACUGCGAUUUUAAUAACUCUGGUCUCAUUACCUUAACUGAUCCCAGUUAUGGUGGCUGUGUUUUCGAGUAAAUGAAGCAGAUGGCAUGACAUUUCUGCUCAACUGAUUUCUGAUUUAAAUGCAGUUUUAGUUAGAUCGGUGUUAAGCUCGUAAUACUUUACCAUAUGUCACAUUUUGUGGACUUGAUCCGUCAAUGUAUUGCAGCUUAUCUAUAAUCUAGUACAGUUGAUGCCAUAAUGUCAAGAAUUACUUUGCAAUCAAAAUUGAUCAGUUCUUUGCAUCACAUUUUAUGAAUUUGGCCGAAAGAAAAAAAAUUGACAGUCCGGUUUGCUAGUAAGUGAGCUGUAAUAAUAAAACGACGAUUAUUACUC